AUGCUCGCAGGCGACAAGCCUCAUCUCCAUUGCAGACAAGCUGCUCCACGAAGCACGAACUCAAUGGAGUAUUUUUCGAGCAUUGUGUCCCUGACAUACGCUCGCAGGCGACAAGCCUCAUCUCCAUUGCAGACAAGCUGCUACACGAAGCACGAACUCAAUGGAGUCUUUUUCGAGCAUUGUGUCCCUGACAUACGCUCGCAGGCGACAAGCCUCAUCUCCAUUGCAGACAGGCUGUUUCACGAAGCACAAACUCAAUGGAGUCUUUUUUCGAGCAUUGUGUCCCUGACAUACGCUCGCAGGCGACAAGCCUCAUCUCCAUUGCAGACAGGCUGUUUCACGAAGCACAAACUUAAUGGAAUCUUUUUUCGAGCAUUGUGUCCUUGA